AUGGCAAAGAAGAGGAAAGCUAGUGGACAGCCAUUCGGUCGCGAUGAGCCUCAAGAGUUUAAUGAUGCGGACAACAAGUUGAGGAUCAAUACGUACGAGGAUGUGGCGGAUUCAGAGGAUGAAUUCCAUAUCAACCGAGACAAGAUAUUGCUAGAGGAGGGUCCAGCGCAAAAGAGGCAGAGAAAGAUACAAGAAGAUGAGGCUUUUCUUGAACCAUCAGACGAAGAAGUCUUAGCAUCUAAUGAGAAUGUUUCUGACUAUGAAGACGAUUUCGACGAUGCACGUGAAUCUCCACAAGGCUCGACUGAGCAAAAGAAGCCUACUAGAAUCGCAAAAGGAGUCCAAGGCUCGGAGUCGGAAGUUUCAGCUGCGCCAGACGAGGACGAAGACACAGGCGGCUGGGGUGUUUCGAGAAAGGACUACUAUAAUGCAGAUACAAUUGAGACCGAAGCCGAUGCGCUAGAAGAGGAAGCUGAGGCUCGAAGGCUACAGCAGAAGCAUCUCCAAGGAAUGACUGAGGCUGACUUUGGCUUUGACGAGCUUGAAUGGCUGAAGGCAGGCAAGAACGGGGAAGACGAAGACGAGAAUGAUGGCGACGAUGUGGUUCGAGAAGUCUUGCCAAAGGUGCAGAUUACAGAUGCGAUGGGUCCUGAGGAACGUCUCAGGAUCUUAAGGACAAGAUAUCCGGAAUUUGAGCCUCUGGCUAAGGAAUUUUUAAAUUUACAAGCCGUCCAUGAAGAUUCAAAGUCAGCGGCUACUGCUGCAAUUGCAGUACAGCAGCACAUGAGCGCCAAAGAAGGUCAAGCUCUAGCAACCGAGAAUUUCACCACGCCAAUUGCUGCUGUGAAGCAUGGUGCAUUGAGCGCAUACCUAGCGGCACUUUCUAUGUACUUUGCGUUACUCACUUCGAGCCAAGCGGAUUCAGACGGUAAGCUCUUUGCCAUGCCAUCAGAAGAACUUCGAGACCAUAGCAUCAUGGAAACACUGGUACAAUGCCGAGACCUUUGGGGGAGACUCAAAAACGUUGCGGUGCCAGAACUUGAUGUCGACAAUAUUCCCGAUAUGGAAGAAUCGAAUGGUCACGCCAUGGAUACAAGUACCCAUGAAUCCCAAGCUCUCAAGGGCACGAAGGAUAUCAAGGAAGAGACGGAGGACCCGCCCAAGCGGAAAAAGAAGCACAAAUCCAAAGCACGCAAAGCAGCAGAAGCAGCCCAAGCAAAAGCAGACGCUCUACGUGCGGAACGCUUGCAGAAAACCGAAGAAGAGCUUGCUAGCCUAUCCGCUUUGACAGCUCCAUCUAGGCUGUCAUCCAAGGCACCUAAGCGUCCCGCGAAGACCACUGCAGGGAACAAGGACUCCGACUCUGACUUUGGCGAACAGACAGCUUUGACGCCACAUGAAGCGGCUGAGAAGGCGAAGCGGAAGAAGAGUCUCCGAUUCUACACGUCUCAAAUCACCCAGAAAGCGAAUAAACGCGGCGCCGCAGGUCGAGACGCUGGCGGUGACGCAGAUCUGCCAUACCGUGAGCGGCUGAAAGAUCGACAGGCAAGACUGAACGCCGAGACCGAGGCACGCGGGAAGAAGCCCAAGGAGAGUACCAAAGGUGAAGCUCUUGGCGGUCCAAGCGAUGAAGAGGAUCAUGCAGCAACGCAGGAGUUGCGAGACGGUAGUGGCUCCGAGGACUAUUAUGAUCUCGUCGCCUCCCGCUCUGCUGACAAGAAGGCCUCCAAAGCCACCCUCGCCGCAGCACACGCUCAGGCCGAGAAGCAGGGGGGUAUUGUGCGUGUAGUGGAAGAAGAGACUGCAGACGGCAAGAGAGCAAUCAGCUAUGCCAUCGAAAAGAACAAAGGCCUUGCUCCGAGGAGGAAGAAGGACGUCAGAAAUCCAAGAGUCAAGAAGAGGAAGAAGUUCGAAGAGAAAAAGAAGAAGUUGGGAUCGAUCAGGCAGAUUUACAAGGGUGGGGAAGGCAGAGGUGGGUAUGGAGGCGAGAAGACGGGUAUUUCGACGAGGCUUGUCAAGAGUGUCAAAUUGUAG